AUGUAUACUCGCUCAACUCUGUCCUCGGCGCCUGGCAUCGUCGUGCGGGACGAGGGCGACGAGGAGGCAGAGGGGCUCGUCAUCGGGGGCGCGGCGGCGGGGCUGGCCGCGAAGUCGGACACGAACACGGGCGACCGGCUCAGAGGCGUUGGGGAGAAGGUUGUCAAGGUCGGCGGCGAGGCUUUCGAGUCACGUAAGGACACGCCAGUGGGCCAGAAGGCCGUGGACGCGGGCGUCGAGGACGGCCUGGCGUGGACGGCGGACAAGGUUGAUGGGGUCAUCAGCUCCAUUUAUAACGUCUUCAAGAAGGUUCCGGCGGACGACGACAAGAAGCUCGAUGAGUGAAGCGGCAAUUGUCAGGGUUGCUGUUGCAAACUGCCUGGUUUUCCCACAGCUCGCUGACAACAGGUCGGGUAGAGCAAUCAGUUUGACCGCCGCCCCUGCACAACAUGGACGGCGUUGCCAGCUUAUCCGAUGCAGCUCGGCGCUGGCGCGCUCCAGAAAGGGCCUCGCUUUCUGAGCAUCCUCGUGUUCGGCGGCUCCCCCAGCGGACGCCGCCGGAAGGUCGAGGGAGUGCAAAC